CUCGGCAGCAGAAUUCCAGGCGGCGUUCCUCAAACCAGACCCGGCGGCUUGUUUGGAUUCUGAAACCAAUGCCCCUUUUCUCCCCCGGAAUAUACAUAUUUUUAUCUAUAGCACCUUCCCUCCAUCUCCCAAGGCUUGGUGAAGGAGAGAGGAGCCAGGAGCGGUGGUGGGACCGGCCGUAGGGGUGCAGGCAGGACCUCAGGGGUGCCCGGCAGAGGCGGGGUUUGAUAGGACCUUAAAUACUUCCCUCCAGCUCCGGUUUCCAACGGCCGGGGCACGGCCGGACCCAGGCGGCGGGAGUUUAUCUAGGGCUGGAGGCACAGGAAUGUCGGCGGAGGAGGGAGACCCUCCCCAAGAAGCACCAUGUCUCUGUUAUAACUGAGUAGCCCUUAUGACCAACAUGAGCUGGAGCUUUCUAACCCGCCUGCUAGAAGAGAUUCACAAUCACUCCACCUUCGUGGGGAAGGUCUGGCUCACCGUGCUCAUCGUCUUCCGCAUUGUCUUGACAGCGGUGGGUGGGGAGUCCAUCUACUCCGAUGAGCAGAGCAAGUUCACCUGUAACACCAAGCAGCCCGGCUGCGACAACGUCUGUUACGAUGCCUUCGCGCCGCUGUCACACGUCAGGUUCUGGGUCUUCCAGAUCAUCAUGAUAUCCACCCCUUCCGUCAUGUACCUGGGCUACGCCAUCCACCGGAUCGCCCGGUCGGCGGAGGAGGAGAAGAAGUUCAAGGGAUUCAAGAAGAAGAAGCAGUUUGCUUUGAACUGGCAGGCGGUGCGCAACGUGGAGGACCCCAUGGAGGCUGAUGAAGAGGAGCCCAUGAUCUCUGAUGAUACAGCAGAACAUGAGAAAGCCAAAGCCAAACCCAAGAGCAAAGAGCAACAGAAGCACGACGGGAGGAGGCGCAUCCAGCAAGAAGGACUGAUGAAAAUCUACGUCUUCCAGCUACUCACCAGAGCUUCGUUUGAAGUUUGCUUUUUGAUAGGGCAGUAUUUGCUCUAUGGUUUUGAGGUAGAAGCCUAUUACGUCUGCAACAGAGUCCCUUGCCCUCACACUGUGGAUUGUUUUGUGUCCCGGCCAACAGAGAAGACCAUCUUUCUCCUGGUGAUGUACGUCGUGAGCUGUCUGUGCUUACUGCUGAACAUGUGUGAGAUGUUCCACCUAGGGUUUGGGACCAUCCGAGAUGCCAUUCGCAAUCGGAAAAUCAACAGCUUUAGGCAGCCUCCCUACAACUACGCCUACCCAAAGAACAUCUCCUGCCCUCCCGAGUACAACCUGGUCGUGAAAUCGGAGAAGUCCACCAAGAUCCCCAACAGCCUGAUGGCUCACGAGCAGAACUUGGCUAACGUGGCUCAGGAGCAGCAGUGCACCAGCCCGGAUGAGAACCUCCCGGCGGACUUGUCCACCCUUCACAAACACUUGCGAGUGGCCCAGGAGCAGUUAGACAUAGCGUUUCAGAGCUACAGCAGCACCCAGGCCAACACACAACCUUCUCGAACCAGCAGUCCCGCCUCGGGUGGCACGGUGGUAGAGCAGAACAGGGCCAACACCGCCCAGGAGAAACAAGGUGCUAAACCCAAGGCCUGCUUGGAGAAAGGGAGCUCAAGUAGUAAAGACGGAAAGACGUCUGUAUGGAUAUAGCUUCAUCUGAAAGGAGAGAGGGCAGCGUAAGUGGGGAUUUGGGUUUGGUUUGGUUCUGGUUUUCGGUAUUGUCUCGCGUUCGUUCCACAGGGCACCCGCGCAAUUUUUAUAUGGAAGCCAAGAGAGAAAAAGAGCUUCAGACCAAUUUAGUGCUGUCUUCCAGUGCGUUAACAAAAGACAUUUUUUCUCUGUUUCCAACACAUUCUCCCAUUGGGAACCUCCAGUGAGCAACCCCCUGCAUCUUCCACCCCUUCGGUCACCACCGGAGCUCCCAACAGAGACUGUACAACGUGCUGUGAUGGGAAGUGGAGCUGCUGGUGGCUCAGGCCAACAGCGAGCAGCUCCCCUCCUGCAUGGCGAGGCUAGAGGGCUGCAGGUCAGGGCAGUGUUUAAUUACUAAAUAUCCUUAAUCAAAAUUAAUUUCCGAUCCCUCGAUGAGAAAACAACUGACACGCUGGAGGAACCUUCACGACACGCUCACAGCCCAUGUCCUGCCUGAAUGGUUAGAUGUUCUUGCAGGCAUCGUUCGAGCCGUGAGCUGGGACCCACAUCAAGUUACGGGGCAGAAACACAGAAGGUUUUUGUCUUUUGUUCCUCUGCGUCCAAGCAAAAAGCAAAUGCCAUCAAACACCCCCCAGCAGGAGCGAGCGGUGACGUCGCGUCAUCCCGGUGCCUGUGUAGCCCUUGCUACAGAAGUGAUGGAAAUCGCUGCAGUUUCAGCGUUUUUAACCAAAACUGCUGCUUCACAUCGUCAGGAAGUGCCUUUACCCAACCAGGAAAACAAAAUGAUAAAGGGUUUGGACUUCUCUCUUUGCUGAAUCUCAGUAGAGACGGGAAGAGAAGUGUCGGCGAAUUUGUUUUUCUGUUUAAUCAAACCCCUUAUAAAUAGUGGCAGGUGGCAAAUCUAUGCAUUAGUGUGUAUAUGGUGUGUGUGUGUGUACAUGUACGUAUAUAUACAGACACAUAUGAACGUGUGUGUGAAUAUAGGCAUAGAGAGAUAUAUAUAAACGUAAUAUCAACCCUCUGGUAAUUUUACAGCCUUCCACCUCCCCUGGGAAACCCCUCCCUGAUCCAGGAACUACGGCUGAUCUCAUCCUGGAGAAGUUUUGGGGCUUCUAGCUUCCAGCGUCCCCUGGGGAACCGGCAAGUUUCACACAUUUGCUCGAAGGGCUUAGCAGAAGAUCUGGCUUCAGUGGGGGACAGGCCCAAGACAGCAGCAGGAAGUUUUGUCACUGGUUUAUGGGGAGCUUUUUGAGCUUGGGUUGGUUUUAGGGUGGUUUUCAUGCAGCUACAGGAAUCUGGGGGCAUGUUAAAAGCAAGCUGCUGAGCUCCAAGGCUCCCACUGGUGCUGAGGAUGUGCUUUCUCAAGGUGGUUUCAUACUGGGUCUCUUGCACAGCUGCGGGGCUGUGGCUUUUUACCCCUCCAGUAACACAAAACAGAGAGAACACCUCAUCACUGGCAUCUCAGGGAGCAUCUCCUGCCGAAGGGUAGAGGCUGAAACCAGUCAUUACCCCAUUCUGCCAGGUCUUAGAGCAGAGAUGCUCUAAGAUCCUGAUCCCUGAGAUGUUCCCAAGAUGCCUGUGGCUUGGCUGAUGUUCUUGCAACCUCCCAAGAGUCCAAUGGUUGACUCACCCCCAUGGAGAACCCAAACAGAUAGACCCUUCGGGGUCAAACGUAACAUGAAAGAACUAAAUCCUCACUGAACACAGCACUGUCCCUGUGCCCAGCUGUUCCCUUGGGGCUGUGAUGGCCACCCAAAGUCACAUGCAGGUCCCUGUGCAAGUAUUUCUUAUCCAUCACAUCUAGGUGACUUCUUCCUGGGCUUCCUUCUUAUGUCUCUUGAGAUGGGUCCCUGAAUGCCUUGAGGAUGCCUGUUCUCCAGGCAGUUGGGCCCUUUGGCCAGUCUGGGGAACAGGCAGAGAACUUGGGUAUGGCCUUCAGCUCCUCCAGACCCUGACCGAGCUGCGCCACGCCAUGAGAGAACAGUGCUGGCAGCAAAAAAAGUAGGUUUACAAA